AACUGUAACAAAAAAAAAACAAAAACAAAAACGGUGACAGUGUCACAAACACACACACACAGAGACAAGUAACACUAACCACCAUGGCUGCCACCACCAUUGUUAGGUCUCCUAAACUGCCCUUACCUCUACCCGAAACAACAACCACUUCAAAUCUCCAAUCCCUAAACCGCAACAACACUUUCUUAUUCACUCCUUUACAUAAUAAACGACGUCGUUUUAUCUCGAUCUACGCUUCCACCGACAGUACCGGUUCCAGUGACCUUAGCAACAAUGCAUUUGGAGGUGAAAUUAAGAAAGGACAAGCAAUUGAGCUUAAUAAAGUUAAUGAUGAUAAUCCUUAUGAAUUCAAUUCUAAGGAUUCACCUAAUCCCCUUCCAAGGCCAUUAACUUCGGCUGAUUUGAACAAUAUGGCGUCUGAAGGUUCUCGUCUUCGGGUUGCUUAUCAGGGUGUGCGUGGUGCUUAUAGUGAAUCAGCGGCAGAGAAAGCAUACCCCAACUGCGAAGCAGUUCCGUGUGAACAAUUUGAUACUGCUUUUGAAGCUGUUGAAAGGUGGCUUGUUGAUAGAGCAGUUUUACCAAUUGAAAACUCUUUAGGGGGGAGUAUCCACAGGAAUUAUGACCUCUUACUGAGACACCGUUUACAUAUAGUUGGAGAAGUCAAACUAGCAAUUUCGCACUGUUUGCUGGCUAACAAUGGCGUCAAAAUUGAAGACCUGAAAAGAGUUCUUAGCCAUCCGCAGGCUCUUGCUCAGUGUGAGAACACAUUAACGAAGUUGGGAUUGGUCAGAGAAGCUGUGGAUGAUACUGCUGGUGCAGCCAAGUAUAUUGCUUUCAACAAACUCAAAGAUGCAGGGGCAGUUGCAAGUCUGGCUGCGUCUAGGAUCUAUGGUUUGAAUGUGCUUGCACAAGAUAUUCAGGAUGAUUCUGAUAAUGUCACCCGCUUCCUUAUGCUGGCCAGGGAGCCCAUCAUUCCUGGUACGGAUAAACCAUUCAAGACAAGUGUAGUUUUUUCGCUUGAUGAAGGUCCUGGGGUGCUUUUCAAGGCACUUGCUGUUUUUGCUAUGCGAAAUAUCAACCUUACUAAGAUUGAGAGUCGUCCGCUGCAAAAGCAGGCUUUGCGGGUGCUUGAUGAUAGUCUAGAUGGAUUUCCAAAGUACUUCCCUUACCUUUUCUAUGUUGAUUUCGAAGCAUCAAUGGCCGAUCAAAGGGCUCAAAAUGCUCUGGGGCAUCUAAAGGAAUUCGCUACCUUUUUGCGAGUUUUAGGGAGUUACCCUUCAGAUAGUGGAAUAGCUUGACAUUUACAAGGUAUCAUAAAUUAUUGUUGAUAUGGGAAGAGGAGAAUGAGAGUAGAGGACAGAGAAUCCUCAAAUUAAAGAUAACCAGAAGAGGAGACAUAUUCUAGAAAGUAGCAUACAUUUUAUCUCUUAAUUGAAAGUUGAAACCUAGCUAUUCCAUGAUAGAGCCGAAAUCAGAUAAACAACUUGCAAGGGAUCUUCUUUCCACGACUCCAAAAUCAUAAAUUAAGCAGUCUGUUAGUGUACUAGACAGCUGAGUUGUAAUCACCUCCCACCUUUCAGGGAAAAAUUAAGAAAAGAGUGAAGACAAAAUAGUGAAAGAAGGGUUGUGGGGUAUCAGUAAAGGCUGAAAACGGCAUUGUGGCUGGGGUUUGUUCACUUGUAAUUUCUGUAUUAUGUGUGCUGUGCAUGGCAACCUUAAGGGGCAAUUUGCUAGCUGGAAUUGUUUUUUGCUGAGGGAAAAUCAAGGAAACCCGCAAGGGUGGCUUAGUUGGUUGAGCAUGGGGCUUCUAAUAGAGGUCUCAUGUUCGAAACCCGCUGCCUACGAUAGCAGGGGGGAUUUGCCUUCUGGGUCGAGCUUGUCGCACGGGACUUGCCUAGUGCGGGUUAUCUCUCCUGUGUGGUUUGCGGCCGCAGGAGCGGGGUUUACCCUGUGCACACCCGAAGGGUAGUGGCUGCGGGUUCCCUUGUCAUCAAAAAUCAAGGAAAAUAGAAGCUUUCUCAAUAAAACAUAAGAAAAAAAGGAACAGGAAGGUGAUAGAGUUCACAUUUUUGCUAAUAGAAAAUUUCUUUUCGCUACUCUUUUUUUUCUUAAUCAAAUAUAAAGAAGUUACCUUUGGAUAAAACUUUCCAUUGUUUGAUGUAUUCAAUCAACUCAUGAGAACCAUGUAAAGAGACGAAGCCACUAAAGAGAAAGACACAUUAAAGUUCA